UAUUUUUUUCUCUGGGAAGCCAUGGAAGAAGACGAUACCUACACAAAAGAUGGAACAGUUGAUUACAAAGGUAAUCCGGCUAACAAGAAGACAACUGGGACCUGGAAAGCCUGCCCUUAUAUUAUAGGAAACGAGUGUUCAGAACGGUUGGCUUUUUACGGGAUGAGCACCAAUCUAGUGUUGUAUUUCAAGCAUAGACUGAAUCAGUCGACUGCUACUGCUAGUAGAAAUAACUUGAAUUGGGGAGGAACAUGUUAUCUCACACCACUAAUUGGGGCAUUUCUGGCUGAUGCUUAUCUUGGAAGAUACUGGACUAUCGCCUGUUUUUCGAUCAUUUAUGUCUUUGGCAUGACGCUAUUGGCAUUAUCGGCAUCUGUUCAUGGUAUAAGGCCUGUAUGUUACUCGAAAGAAAAUUGUAAGGACCCAACAAGCACACAAACUGCAGUAUUCUUUGUAGCACUUUACCUUAUAGCUUUAGGCACAGGAGGGAUCAAGCCUUGUGUCUCAUCUUAUGGAGCAGACCAGUUUGAUGACACAGAUGAAACUGAGAAAAAACACAAGGGCUCAUUCUUCAAUUGGUUUUAUUUCUCCAUAAACAUCGGUGCACUUAUCGCUGCUUCCGUGCUCGUUUGGGUUCAAGACAAUGUGAGUUGGGGAUGGGGAUUCGGGAUUCCUGCUAUCGCCAUGGCAAUUGCUAUUGUAAGUUUCUUUUCGGGUACUCGACUGUAUCGGAAUCAGAAGCCCGGAGGCAGCCCUGUAACUCGCCUUUGUCAAGUUGUGGUCGCUUCCCUUAGGAAAUACAAAAUUGAAGUGCCUGCUGAUAAGUCCCUUCUAUAUGAGACUGCAGAUUCUGAAUCUAAUAUUCCAGGAAGUCGGAAGAUUGAUCACACUAAAGAUUUAAGUUUUUUCGACAAGGCAGCCGUUGAAAUCCAAUUGGACAAUAAAAGAAGCUCGGUAGAUCCAUGGAGACUUUGCACAGUCACACAAAUUGAGGAGCUAAAGGCUAUAAUCAGAUUACUUCCUGUAUGGGCAACGGGUAUAAUAUUCUCUGCAGUUUAUAGUCAAAUGGGUAACUUAUUCCCACUCCAAGGUGAGCGAAUGGACACUCGUGUAGGCAACUCGAACUUUAGAAUCCCACCAGCAUCCCUCUCGAUUUUCGACACCCUCAGCGUAAUCUUCUGGGUUCCGGUUUACGACAGAAUCAUCGUCCCCAUAACGAGAAAGUUCACAGGCCAUAAAAAUGGUCUAACACAGCUACAAAGAAUGGGAAUUGGCCUAUUCAUAUCAAUAUUUUCUGUAGUGGCUGCAGCAAUUCUUGAGAUCAUAAGGCUUAAAAUAGUGAGAAAACACAAUUACUAUGAUCUUAAAGAGAUGCCAUUAUCAAUCUUCUGGCAAGUCCCUCAGUACUUCAUCAUUGGAUGUGCUGAGGUCUUCACAUUCAUCGGACAACUUGAGUUUUUCUACGAGCAGGCUCCGGAUGCGAUGAGGAGUUUCUGCUCAGCUUUAUCGCUCACCACAGUGGCGCUCGGCAGCUACUUAAGCUCUUUGCUAGUAACAAUUGUUACUGCAGUGAGUACUAGAAAUGGGAAGCUUGGUUGGAUACCAGAUAAUUUGAAUCAUGGCCAUGUCUAUAACUUCUUCUGGCUGUUGGCAGUGCUUAGUGUCAUCAAUUUGGGAAUUUUUAUAUUGAUUUCUAGGUGGUAUACAUAUAAAAGGCCUCUAGGAACACUUCGUUGA